GACUGUAUACUUGUCAUAGUUGGACUUUGCAAUCUUGCCAAAAUUUGUCAUUAUUAUCAAUAUCUUAACAUGAUUGAACUAUCGGCAUUCGCCAUUUCAUUUUCGGUUGUGAUAUUUGGUCUAACUUCUAUUGUGGUCGCAUACUGUAGCUACAGUGCUGUGUGUGACAGAGAUUUAGGCAUAGCAGCGAUUGCUAUAAAUAUGCAAAAUACCAUGAUCUUUCUACAACUUGUAACAGCAGGCUACAUCAACCAAAAAGGAUUAGCAUGGCACUGGAUAUUGGGCCAUUUAGUUGAAAAUAAUCGUACUUUAAGAUAUUUUGCCGGCACCGUCUUUUUUAUUCAUACAUUCUGCUGGGUACUUUCCUAUCGCCUUUGUGGUCAUCUCAUUUCGGAAGAGGAACAAAAGCCUGACCAUAACGCCAAAGAGCUGCAAGUAGCCAAAUGGAACCAAUAUCUGAAUUUAAGUAUAUUAAUGAUUGGUUUGGUGAUCGGUCUUCUGAUCAAAACUGACAUCAUACACUUAUAGUACAUGCGUGAAAUGAAUGUAAUACGCAAAUCAAAAGGGUCGACUUACCAAAUAUAAGCAGAACAUUAAAGCAAAUCCAAAACUGUAUUAGCACCUUCUACACAAGGUGGACACAAUACAUGUCAUAUCGAUUAAACGUUUUAUUUUUAACCUUUUCAAUUAUUUCAUUAAUAUUGAUAUCUGUGUUUGAUUUCAUAUUUAAUUGUUAUAACUGAAACCAAGGCGCAAU